AUGGCUCACGGCCAGCUGAGAGUGCUGCACGCUCUGGAUGUGGCCCGGACACAGCUCUACCACUUCAUGGCGAUCGUCAUCGCCGGCAUGGGCUUUUUCACAGAUGCCUACGACUUCUUCGCCAUCUCCCUCGUCAUGGACCUCAUCGGCUACCAUUACUACCAUGGAGAUACUCCUCGCGGCGUUUCCGCCGCCAUCAACGGCAUAGCCCUGUGCGGCGCCGUCCUAGGACAGCUCGUCUUCGGACACAGCUCUACCACUUCAUGGCGAUCGUCCGCCGCCAUGGCCUAUCUCGACAUCACCUUCUACUCGAUGAACCUGUUCAUGAAGGAGAUCUUCACCAACGUGGGGCUGAUCAGAACUCGUGACGGAGACAACCCGUUCAAGCGGAUGAUCAAUGUAACCGCGCUGCACACGGUGAUCGCGCUCUGCGGAACACUGCCAGGUUACUUCUUCACUGUCGCAUUUGUGGACCGCAUCGGCCGUGUCAGGAUUCAACUGCUCGGGUUCACCAUGAUGUCCGUCUUCAUAGUCUGUCUCGCUGGUCCUUACGAUCAGUACUGGACUGAACACAAGCGUGGCUUUGCUGUCAUGUAUGGCAUGACCACCUUCUUGGCCAACUUCGGUCCCAACACCACCACUUUCAUCAUUGCGGCAGAAAUCUUCCCUGCCCGGCUACGCUCGACGUGCCACGGCAUAUCCGAGGCGUUUGGGAAGAUCGGCGCCAUCAUCGGUGUGUUUGGCUUCGGCCUGGUCCUGCACGCGGAGGAACACGUCAGAACCAUUCUGUUCGUGCUUGUUGGAUGCAACCUUGUCGGACUUGUCUUCACCCACCUCUUGCCAGUGUCCAAGGGGAUGACGCUAGAGCAGAUCACCGGAGAAAUGGAAGAACAAGAGCCGCAACUGGACGCUGCAGCAGUUGCUGCGGCAGAGUGCGUACAUGAGGUGCCUGUUUAGUCUUAGUUAUUAUGU